AUGCUUGAUGAAGAAAGCAGUUUGUUUGGAUCUGAUGAGGACGACGAUGAAAGACGAAGAGACAAUCCGGAAGACAAAAAGUACUUUUUCCGAAAGGAGUUCCGCACUAUGAUUUAUGGUUUUGGCGAUGACAAGGUACCCUACGACAAAACCCUUGAACUUCUGGAAACGAUUGUAACGAACUACAUACAGCAUAUGUGCCAACGCGCUUUACAAAUGGGUAAACCGGGUAAAUUAGCUCUUGAAGAUAUACACUAUUUGAUCCGACGUGAUGUUAAAAAAUUUGGCCGUGUCAAAGAUUUACUGUCAAUGAGUGAGGAACUGAAAAAAGCUAGGAAGCAGUUUGAUGAAGCAAAGGCAAUAUAA